AUAUAUUUUCCCAUUAGCAUUUGAAGGUUUAUUGACUCAAUUGUUGAAGAGAGAGAUAUUCCUCAGUUCUACAGUGAAGAAGUUUUUUUUUUUUUGGUUUUGGCUUUUGUUGUCAACCCAAGACUCUGUUCUUUGUAUGAAUGAUUGUGAUUCAAUCUCAGAUCUACAGUGGAAGGGGAUUUAUAAGUUUUGGCUGUUUUUGUCAACUUUUUGCUUCUUCAGCUCCUGAAGACUCUGUUCCUUGCAGUAAUGGUCCUCGUGAUUCAAUCUUAAAGAGAGGUAGCAACUAACAUGGCUUAUGAGAUGGAGACCGAUCAAAUUGAAGACAUGGACGUGGAAGUCCUUUCUUCAAUGUGGCCUGAAGAUGUUGGAAAUGAAGCUGGAAAACAGUUUAAUGUAGAAAAGCCAGGAGGUGAACAAGAUAUGUUGCAGGAGGUUACAAUUGUAGAGGAACCAACUAUAGUUGAUUUUCAGCGUCUUUUAGAGCUGACAAAAUAUACUGACAAAGGCUCAUCUCAAUUAGCAUUCCUUGUAAAACACUGGGAAUAUAAGCAAGCAAAUGCUGUUCGUCUUCUUAGAGAAGAACUUGACAAUUUAAGCAGGCAAAGACAGGAAUCAGAGCUUAAGAAAUUGGAGAUAUUGGAACAGCAUCGUUUCGAGGAGGAAAGAUAUGGAGGAGAUAAACGCCCGAUUUCCAUACUGGAUGAAGUUCUUGAUAUAUGGCAAGAAGUUCCACGGAGGAAAAAUGAUGUCGUGGUUCCAACUAAAAGAGUUGAAAUUGAUGCAGAAUAUGACACAGUUAUAUACUGGAAACAGCGAGCCAUGCAUUUGGAGAAAAUGUUGGAAGCAAGCAUCAACAGAGAGCAGAAUCUGAAGGAAAAAUUGCAAGAAAGCAUACAAAAACUGGAAAAGCAGUCCUCACCAGUAGAAGAGUUGUCCCAGAUUCUUGAAAGAGCAGAUAAUUUCUUACAUUUCGUACUUCAAACAGCCCCCCUUGUUUUUGGACAUCAGGAUAAAGAGCUGCGAUAUCGCUUCAUUUAUAACCCUUUUCCAAGCUUACAAGAGGAGGAUAUUUUAGGAAAAACGGAUGUGGAAAUUUUCACUGGUUCUGGUGUUAAGGAGUCCCAGGAUUUUAAAAAAGAAGUGAUGGAAAAAGGAUUACCUGCAAAGAGGGAAAUCACAUUUGAGACAGAGUUGUUUGGGUCAAAGACUUUCUUGAUAUAUGUGGAACCUAUUUUUAGCAAAACAGGGGAGACUAUUGGUAUAAACUAUAUGGGCAUGGAUGUUACUGAUCAGGUAAGGAAAAGAGAAAAGAUGGCAAAGCUUCGAGAGGAGAUUGCAGUACAAAAGGCAAAGGAAAAAGAACUCAACAAAACCAUACACAUAACAGAGGAGACAAUGCGUGCAAAACAGAUGCUGGCGACCAUGUCUCACGAGAUAAGAUCUCCUCUAUCUGGGGUUGUUAGCAUGGCCGAGAUACUUUCUACCACAAAACUUGAUCGAGAGCAAAAGCAAUUGUUGGAUGUCAUGCUGUCUUCUGGAGAUUUGGUCCUUCAACUUAUAAAUGACAUCCUUGAUCUUUCCAAGGUUGAAUCAGGUGUUAUGAAGUUGGAAGCUACUAAAUUCCGACCAAGAGAGGUGGUAAAGCAUGUUCUCCAGACAGCUGCAGCAUCAUUGCAAAAGAUUCUUACCUUGGAAGGACAUGUGGCAGAUGAUGUUCCUAUUGAUGUCAUUGGAGAUGUGUUAAGAAUUCGACAAAUUCUCACUAACCUGAUCAGCAAUGCGAUCAAGUUUACACAUGAAGGAAAGGUAGGAGUAAAACUUUAUCUAGUACCAGAGCCGCCUUUUGCAAAAGAAGGAUCUCAGCACGGAUCUGAUGGAUCAACUGCUAAUCAAUCUACUACUAGUGCAUCUAAAACAGAGUCAUAUACAUCAACGUCUAAAACUAGCAGUGAUCAGAAUGAGUUUCAUGGUAAGAAAAACGAAGGAUUAUGCCAAAAUAAUUCACAUCGCGAACCUGGAACUCCAGUCACGAAUGGAACAACAGAUGGAUCUGAAGAGCAAGUAGAGUUACCUGCAACAACAGUGUGGUUACGGUGUGAUGUAUACGACACUGGAAUAGGAAUACCAGAAAAUGCUUUACCUACUCUUUUUAAAAAGUACAUGCAAGUCAGUGCUGAUCAUGCCCGAAAGUAUGGUGGUACAGGACUAGGCCUCGCAAUAUGUAAACAGCUGGUUGAGCUGAUGGGCGGCCGCCUUACUGUGUCCAGUCGAGUGAAUUGUGGUUCUACAUUUACGUUUAUUCUACCUUACAAGGGUUCUACAUCAUGUGAUAGUUCUGAUGACCCAGAUGACCUCUCGGAUAUGGUUGAUCAUGAUGCUAUGGAUGAAGAUGAAACUGCUGGCUUUUUCCAAUUCCUGCCGCGGACUUUGGGAUCUCUAUUCUCUUCAAAUGGAUCUAGCAGAACACAAAAAUUAAUGCCACAUAAUAUUGGCUACGCAAAGUCGCAUAAACUUGAUGGAUUGUCAGAGAAUUGUUAUUCAUUCCCCAUGAAUAAUGGUCCACCAAAGGAGAUAGAUUCAGCUGUACAGAUAUCAUCCGAGCCUGGAAGUUCAAUUAGUCACAGUUGGGACCCUGAUAAUAAAAGUUGGAUUUGCUCAGAGAAAAGCCAAGCGGUGGAAAUGAAAAUCAAUACAAGCGGGCCCCAGCUCCCUCCUAAGAGGCAGAAGAAACCUGAUGUGGGUUCCCUUUCCAAAUUAAACGGCCGUCAACAAGUAUUGAAGAACUCUACCACCUCAAAGCCUAAGAUCUUACUUGUGGAAGAUAGCAAGAUUAAUGUAAUGGUGGCACAGUCAAUGUUGAAGCAGUUAGGCCACACGAUUGAUGUUGUGAACAAUGGUGCUGAAGCUGUCUGUGCUGUUCAGAAACACGGUUAUGAUCUUGUCCUGAUGGAUGUGUGCAUGCCGGUCAUGGAUGGCCUUCAAGCAACAAGAUUGAUUCGUUCCUUUGAAGAAACUGGUAAUUGGGAUGCAGCAGCAAAGGUUGGGAUAGAGCAAGAUUCAUCACAACCAGGUCAUACAUCUCCAACUAAGCGAAUUCCCAUAAUUGCGAUGACAGCAAAUGCAUUGUCAGAGAGUGCGGACGAGUGUUACGCAAACGGUAUGGAUUCAUUUGUUUCAAAGCCUGUAACUUUCCAAAAUCUGAAAGAGUGUCUUGAACAAUAUUUGGGCUGAAGGACACAUGUUGUAAAUGACGAGUAUGUAUAGAAAAUUGGCAGAACAUGGUAGCAAAGUUUUGUCAAUGUAUCUUC